AUGCUGUUUCAACACCUCUCCGGAACGUUGACAGAUCUUCAUACUCUACGGCUCAAUAUAUGGACAGGACCACGGUUCCGUGCAGACACUGGCGCCCUAUCAAAGAUUCUGAAGACGACCCCUUCCUUGAGGGACCUCCAUAUCGACAUGGAGGUGGCCGAGCCAGCGGAUGAAUUUGACCCCGAUCUUCGACUCUACGAGGUGUCCCACUGGCAGGGCCGUGAUGAACACAAUAAAUGCCAAAUCGACCCUACACCGCAUAUUUGUCAGCCGCUCGAGGUCACUAUUUGUGAUGCAGCUUGGGACUCUUUUCUACACCGCGUUGCCACCAUCGCUUAUACCAACCUACAAUACUUCGGCCUAUGGGACGUUCCCGGGGAACAGGAAGGCAUAUUUCGGACUAAACCCCUAGAAGUCACCAAAAUCGACGACGCAAUAUUCAAAGGGGUUACAUUCAGCCUUGAAGCCAAGGACUCCCCGCUCGUUUCCGAUGAGUGGUUAUGGUUUGGCCGGGAUACGGAAGAUGAAUUCACGGGAUUCUAG